AUGGGUACGCGAAGUCCACGUGGCGAAGCUCGAUUUCGCCGCGGAUGGACGAGAUUUGCUCGGGUCGAUUUUGGUGGGGCGGUCGAGGACGGAGAAGACGGAGCCGAUGGCCUCGCCGCCGCGGACGAUCUCGGGGGCGAGGCUGACGGUCUCGGCGACGGAGUUGGCGGUGAUGACGAGGACGACGAAGACUUUGAUGACGCGGGAGAAGGUGGAGAGGCCGUGGAGGACGAGGCGGGAGCCGGCCUCCGAGGAGUAGAGGGCAAGCUGGGAGAGCCCGAAGAGGAGGCCCGAGGAGAGGGCCCGUUUAAGGGAGCGGCGUUGGGGGAGGCGGAGCUCGUGGGAGAAGAGGGAGAGGAGCUUCGGUUGGGAGUUGAAGGCCGCGACGGUGCGGAUGUUGCUCACGGCUUCGCCGGCGAUCAUGCUCGUUUUCGCGUGGGCUUUCGCCGUGUCGCCGGCAAAACCCUUGAGAGUCAUGCAGCAGAUUUAAAGGGGGAAUCACAUGGUGAGUACACUAUGCUGUAUAUUGAACCUUUUUGCUUUACCUGUGCAAAGUUUGCCAAGACAAGGAGAGGAAAUGUGCUAAGUAUGAGCAAUGAAACCCUCCACUCCACAAUGAAGGCCACUAUGAAUGAAGUGAGAAGAGAAGUCAUGUUCUGCAGUAUCACAGAUAUCCUCUCUGCUAUAGCCGAUUUCACGUCUGCAGCAUCGCAUCAUCCUCCGAACUCGGGUAGUGAGAUUUUCUCCCAUGAUGCUAAAGAAGUAGUGCUGAAUGAGAUACGCGACCACCGCGUAAAGUCCCGCUCCAAUAUAGAUAAAAACGUACUCCUUCGUUUUCCUCUCCAUAGCAGCCGGGUUCCUAUAAUAGAACACCUCAAUCAUGUUACUCAUCACUAUUGCAAAAGUGGGCCCUAUAAAGCCCGAAAGAAUUGA